AACACUUUUUUGAUAAGUGGUGAAUAAUAGCCACACAUACAGGGAGAUGUAGAUAGAUAGGAUAACUUUGUGCCAAUUUUAUUUUUUGAUGUGAUAAGAAAAUGUUGAUCACACAAAACUUUGCUACUUGUUCUUCCGCUAAUUUUUCAUAUCUCUUUCUGAAAUAUAGAAAUACAAGAUGUACUAAACAUGCAACAAUUUCAUUUGCAAAAAAGAGAGAAUUUUCUGAGAAUACAGAAGUCCAAGAAAUCUCAAUUUUCUCUCUGAAAAUUCCUAGAAAUUUUCUUGCUCAAGCUGCUGUUGGAAUCUUUGCUCUAGGGUUCAUUGAUGCAGGGUAUAGUGGAGAUUGGUCAAGAAUUGGAGUGAUCUCAAAGGAGAAUGAAAAUUUGCUGAAAAUUGCAGCAUUUUUUGUAGUACCUUUGUGUCUCUUUGUGAUAUUUUCUUUCUCUAAGAAAACUGAGGACUGAAAGGUUUCUAUCCUCCUUUUGUUCCCCCGUGUAUCUGAGCAUAAUACAUGUAAGCACAAAAUUUGGAAGUUCAUUUCUAAAUGAACAAAUUCAUGCAG